AUGUAGGCUACUCAAACGAAGGUGUGUGGAGGAAAAAGCGAUUCGAGCCCGCAGCCGAUGCCCGGAGAAAACGGCAGCCUGUGUGCAUGCAGGCAGCUGCGGACGACAGGAAGCUGGUACCCAAACGCGUCGGUGUUUCUUAACUGUCUGGGAUCUGGCUCUGGAGGCGCGUCGCCGCUGAGGUAUGGGCUGCGCUCCCAGUAUCCACGUCUCUCAGAGCGGGGUGAUCUACUGCCGAGACUCGGACGAAUCCAACUCGCCGCACCAGACCACCACCAUCUCCCAGGGCACGGCGGCCACGCUCCACGGGCUCUUCAUCAAGAGCGAUGCGGCCGAGACCAUCCCCUCCGUCAUCGCCUACCAGAGCCGCCACUCGCGCAACAACUCGUGCCGGGAUCGCAAGGAGAACAGCGGGGGACACGUCCGCAUCGAGGCCGAGACGCAGACCAGCCACACCAGCGUCAAGGUUUCAUCUACAGAAGAAUGUGUCGGACCUAUGAGACUGACUCAGGAGCCCAUUCAGGUCCUGCUGGUGUUCGCCAAGGAGGACAGCCAGAGCGAUGCCUUCUGGUGGGCCUGCGAACGUGCUGGCUUCAGGUGUACCAUCGCACGGACGCCCGAGUCUGCCGUCGAGUGUUUCCUGGACAAGCACCACGAGAUCAUAGUCAUUGAUGGACGGCACUCGCGCUACUUUGACCCCGAAGUUGUAUGCAGGUCGAUCCGCGAGACAAAGCCAUCCGAAAACACCGUUAUUCUGGCCGUCGUGCCACAAAAACCAGCUGACCAGGACGAGCCAUCUGUUCUUCCUCUCCUCUGUGCAGGAUUUAGCAGAAGGUUUGUGGAGAACUGCAGUGUGACGGCCUGCUACAAUGAGCUCAUACAGAUUGAACAUGGAGAGGUGCGCUGCCAGUUCAAACUCAGGGCUUGUAACUCAGUCUUCACCGCUUUGGAGCAAUGUCAGGAGGCUGUGGAGAUCACGAGUGAGGACCACAUAAUACAGUACGUGAACCCAGCAUUUGAGCGGAUGAUGGGCUACCACAAGGGGGAGUUGAUCGGGAAGGAACUGACCGAACUCCCCAAGAGCGACAAGAACAGAGCUGACCUGCUGGACACCAUCAACACCUGUAUUAAAAAAGGAAAGGAAUGGCAGGGCAUUUACUACGCCAGGAAGAAGUCAGGCGACAGCAUUCAGCAACAUGUGAAGAUCACACCUGUCAUCGGCCAAGGAGGGAAGAUUCGACAUUUUGUGGCCAUCAAGAGACCUCAUAUUGACAACAAUAAUCAGGUCCACAAGUUCAACAAGGAGGAGAGAUGCAGCGGGGAACAUUCUCACUCAGAGUGCCAUUCUCUACGUCACCGUGACAGGAGGAAAGAUUCCAUUGACGCCAGAUCGCUCAGCUCUCGUAGUAGUGACGCUUCCGGUUUACAGAACCGAAGAUAUUCCUCCGUCGCCAGGAUUCACUCCAUGACUAUCGAGGCUCCCAUCACCAAGGUAAUAAACAUCAUCAACGCAGCCCAGGAGAGCAGUCCGGUAACGGUGGCCGAGGCUCUGGAUCGGGUGUUGGAGAUCCUGAGAACCACCGAGCUCUACUCCCCUCAGCUCGCCUCCAAAGAAGAUGACCCCCACACCAACGACCUGGUCGGAGGGCUCAUGAAUGAUGGGCUGCGGAGACUCUCUGGGAAUGAAUAUGUCUUCUGCAAAAAUAUGAGCCAGAGCCAGCUGGCCAUCCCGGUCACUCUGAAUGACGUCCCUCCACCCAUUGCCGAGAUGCUGAAUGAUGAGGAGUGCUGGGAGUUCAACAUCCUGGAGCUGGAAGCGGCUACACACAAGAGACCGCUGACUUACCUCGGGCUAAAGAUCUUCACGAGUUUUGGCGUGUGCGAGUUCCUGAACUGCUCGGAGGCCACACUGCGCUCCUGGCUGCAGCUGAUGGAGGCCAGCUACCACUCCUCCAACUCCUACCACAACUCCACGCAUGCCGCAGACGUGUUGCACGCCACUGCCUACUUCCUCCGCAAAGAGAGCGUCAAGAGCAGUCUGGACCAGCUGGAUGAGGUGGCGGCGCUGAUAGCGGCCACGGUGCACGAUGUGGACCACCCGGGCAGGACCAACUCCUUCUUGUGUAACGCCGGCAGCGAACUGGCCAUCCUCUACAACGACACAGCCGUGCUGGAGAGCCACCACGCGGCCCUCGCCUUCCAGCUCACCGUCCGAGACAGCAAGAGCAACAUCUUCAAGAACAUAGACAGGAAUCAGUUCCGAACACUGCGACAGGCAAUCAUUGACAUGGUGCUCGCCACAGAGAUGACCAGACACUUUGAGCACGUCAGCAAGUUUGUCAACAGCAUCAACAAGCCGAUGGCAGCCAUAGAAGAAACCAGCACAAGUAGCAUAAACAACGACUGUGAGGGUCAGGCCAACAUCCGGAACUCUCCAGAGAACCGUCUGCUGAUAAAGAGGAUGUUGAUCAAGUGUGCAGAUGUGGCAAACCCCUGCAGACCGCUCGAGCUCUGCAUCGAGUGGGCUGGACGGAUCUCUGAGGAGUACUUUGCACAGACGGAUGAGGAGAAGAAACAAGGGCUGCCAGUGGUGAUGCCGGUGUUUGACAGGAACACCUGCAGUGUUCCCAAAUCUCAGUUGUCCUUCAUGGAUUACUUCAUCACUGAUAUGUUUGAUGCCUGGGAUGCCUUCGCCAGCCUGCCUGGUCUCAUGGAACACCUGUCAGAGAAUUACAAGUACUGGAAGCGCUUGGACGAGAUGAAGUGUAAGAGCCUGCGUCCUCCCCCUCCUUCUUGACCGACCCCUCGUAGCCUCCUCUCAUCCUUCACUCCAAGCAGGGUAGGACAGCAAAUGCAGCCCUGCGGUCAAACAAUUAGUCUCUUCAGCUGUGAGUCGACGGAGCUCUGUGCCCUCCCAGGCACUCCAGGACACGUUUGUGGCCUCAAGCUGGGCGAUCGGGGACUCUGAGAGCACACAUCACUGACUGACCAACACUGAGACGCUGUUUCAAUCUCAAAUCACAGCCUCUUUUCUUAUGUGGUUAUUGGUGGAGGCGGUGUUCUGCCAGUGGAGAACAGGUUGUCAUUUGAGGGCGCUGUCGACUUUACGGCCCUGUUACCUUUUCCUAAUAGCACCUCUAUGAAACUGUGCGGACCUCACGGCUCACUUGACAAUCUGUACCAUACAGUAUAAUACACCUGAAACCUGCACUUUAGCUAAUCAAGACAUUUUCAUUUUGAGCAUCCUCUUGCUGUUUUUGCUUUUUAACGAUUUUUUUUUUCUUUGAACAAAUCUUUUUAUUCUACGUCUGUCUAUUGCUGUAAAAGAAACAUGGUGAAUAAGAUGGUGACCAAAGCUGGAGGCUCUGAACUUCAUGCUUAUUCCUUUUCAAAUUGCCAACUUGUGAAGGUGCUCAGCUGGAAAUAUUCGUUUUUAUGUACUGUGAUACAGUCUACAGUAUUAGGGACACUUUUGACUCGUGUCUGGGACCAAAUACUUCGCAAUCCCUGUUGGCCGUGUACAGAAAGAACUUGCUGGAAAGAUUUAAGAUUCGAGAGCUCUAGAGACAGUUAGCCAAGUACCAGGGUCCAAUCAGAGGUGGAGAACCAGCCAGCGUACAGGUUUUCUAAAUGAUCAGGCCCAUAUACAGAGCUGACAUAGAAGAAGGGCUGCGUUUGGGAUGAGAUCAUGUAGCUACGUAUCAUUGUCCUUUGUGAAGGUCUUUGUCGGAACAGAUGAAGGAGCAGAAUUGCACUGCAUCAGAGCGGUUCAGUUAGCUGUAAUGCUUUUAUCAAAUAAUAUACAAAUAUCUGAUGUUACAUAACUUUGUGACACUAACUGUAGACAUUUGCAUCCAGACAAGAAGAAACAAAUCUGACUUCCGAGUAUCUGAACAAUGCUAAGAAUAAGCUUUCUAUGUGAAGCUACGCUGACUGUUGUACAAUGGUGCACGAAUCCUGCAGAGGCCGCGUAACGCUGUUUGUCAGAGUAGCGAUUAGCUGUGUUGGACCUCACAGCGACCUGACAGUAUGAAGGAGCACCAGAUCCAUGUGUGGAUCCAGCUUGUAAAAUCAGCUUGUUUGUCCGCUUCCAACAUGAAUCAGCUCCGGCUCUCACAGUGUGUUUGUUUUUACCAGUUUUACUGUAUCUCAAAAGUCCUGCAACUGCAAUUCGCCUCGCAGUCAUUUGGCUCGAUUCUGGGGAGAAGUCUAGUCUGUUUAUGAUUUUCAGGUUAUUUGGAUUCAAAGAAAUGAGACAAAGGCCGUUGGAUGAUGAAGUGCAUGAUGUGUCUGCCCUCUGGUGGCUACAUAGGUGUGUUGCAACAGUGGUAACAUUAAAUCAGUGUAAAACGGUGACUCAUUUGUCAGCUCAGUUAUUAACCCACUGUGACUGAGACUAGAAAAUACAAUGAUUCAGCUUUAAUAUUUGAGGAAUUGAACCUGCAUCUGUGUAUCUUUCAGAGCAUAUUUCUUCAAUUUUAACACAUGAAGGUGGAACAGUUUGGGAAAACCCUUUAAUAUUAUUUCAUAAAGAAAAUUGGAUUACAUACCAACAUAGUAAUUAGUGGAUAAAUCUGCAGAUAUCCAUUAACUAUCUGAGCUGCUUUGGUGUAAUUGUGUAAGGUCAUUAUUAUAUAUUAUCAGAUCUAGUCUCAAGACUUUUACUCGAGGAAACGCACAUUACAGUAUUAACCAAAGGCACAGAAAGCUCUUUACUGGUGCCUUAGUCUUUGGUCAUCUUUAUACAAACAUAAGUAUGUUUUGGUUAAAAUUGUUCCCCCUUUCCUUUAACUAAAGAAAAGCCAUUCCUGUUUUGGAUAUUUUAAAAAAAAUAACCUGACCUUGGGAUAUGUGCUUUAGGGUCUGUUCUAUAGUUUCAGGUCCAACUUGGUAAGUCAGUGUUUUUGAUCCUGAGGCUGAUUCAGGGGACUUGGAUCGGAUGUGAAUUCCACUAUUGCUUUGUCAGUUCUUUCAGUUCACUUUAAAGAGUGAGAACUGGUGACUGACUGGUCAUCUAUGUUCAAUAUAUUCAUAAUGAUAUGAAGUCAUUUUAUUGGUGGCCAAGGUCUUUAAUCGAUGCCUUAAUCUUGUCAUGUCUGUGUUUAGAUCUGCUAUUGUUGCAACACACUGUAAAACUACCUAAAUGUACUUGCAGUUCUUGUAAAUACUCACCCAAUAUAUCAUUGUUGCUUUUACAAAAUGUGCUUAUGUAACGUUUGUUUUGGGCCGUUAAGUGUUGCAGGGGUCAUUUCCAAAAGGUUUUUUUUUUUUCUCAGUGACUUGGAAUGUGGCUCCACCUAUAAAUGUUUAACGACUGCUAUCUCUGAUCAUGAGAAGAUAUUUUUUCUAGUCAAUAAUGAAGAUUUCUAUUCAACAAAAAUAGCAACGAUUUCAAUAUUUCAGAUUUAAUAUUGACAAGGCUGACAAACAUGCCGUUUUUUUGUGAGCAGCAGUGACUGAAAUGUGAGGAUAUCAAUUUAAUCAGAUGACACAGCCAGUCGCUUAACGCCUCGCUUUGAGUCUACUGAGGCAGAACCAGUUGUAGGACUGCUUGUUAUGUAAUAAUAAGCCUUCAUCACAGUGAUCUAUAUUUCCUCUAACUUCCAUCUCUGACACUGAUGGCCGUGGCUGCGUGCCAAUUCUGUGUUGUUUACUAUUGGCCAUGAGAACUGUAAUGUGUGUUUUAAAAGAUUAUACUACCCCAUACAUAGUAAGAAGCUUUCAAUCAGUCACUUUAAAUCUCCCAUGUUUGUUUAAAAGUUUAGUUUGCUCUCUGGAUUAUGAUGUCUUAUUUUGAUGUUCUCUGUCAAACACAGAAUUGUAUUGUGAGAGACGAUUAAAGCAUUCUUGAAAUAU